AUUUGAAUUUGAAUUUGAAUUUAAAGGUUUUAAAGUCGAUGAUAGGUCAUCUGUUUAUGACGCGACCCAUUCCCCUUGCUGACACCAAGCGGCCACACUAAGUAAUUGCAUUAACAUAGUAAUGGCGGACACCGUGGAGACAGCAGCAGGCAUGAGCAACUUACUGAAAUUUAUGAAAUUUAUUGGACAGCUUAAAAGGGUUCCACGGACUGGUUGGGUAUAUAGAAAUGUAAAGAACCCAGAGAGUGUCUCAGACCACAUGUAUCGCAUGGCCAUGAUGUCUCUGACCAUCACUGACCCCAAUGUGGACAAGGACAGGUGCCUGAAGUUGGCAUUGGUGCAUGAUAUGGCAGAGUGUAUUGUGGGAGACAUUGCUCCAGCAGAUAAUAUUAGUAAAGAAGAGAAACACAGACGAGAAGAGGAAGCAAUGACACAUCUAUCAGGUCUUUUACCAGAGGGGCUAAGACAGGAAAUAUAUGGACUCUGGGAGGAAUAUGAAAAUCAGAGCAGUGCAGAGGCCAAGCUGGUGAAACAGUUUGACCUCCUUGAAAUGAUACUACAGGCUCACGAGUAUGAAGAGUUGGAGAAGAAACCUGGAGGACUUCAGGAAUUCUUUGAUUCUACCAAUGGACGUUUCCAUCAUCCAGAUGUGCUUCAGUUUGUCAGUGUGUUAAAUGAGGAAAGAGGGCAUCACUUGGAAAAAAGUGAUGGCAAAGAAUAACUGGCAGUUUAAAGACUGAGGGUAUUAAGCCUGAAUAACUACAUGAUAAAAACAAACUCCAGCCUAGAGCAUGGACAAAAAUACUUAUUAUAAGUAUGCACAACUGGGUCACAUGACUUCUUAGUUGACUGGAGAUUGGAAACUAUGUUUAAUUUUUUAAAAUUAACAUUUACUUUUAUAGUUGACAGUUUAACACUGUUUUUGUCAUUUUGGAUAUUUUGUCCACUGUUCAAUCACAGCCUCUCGUUACCUCAUAUACAUACAUUUUGUUUACAACCUUUAAAAUACCAACGACAACCUUUAAAAUAACGUAUUCAUUUUAUUCUUCAGUUCUUAGGAAAGAUGAACAUUAUACAUAAACAGAUGUAUAUAAUAAAUAAUUUUCUUUUGUUUUUCAUGGCUGCAAGUGGGCUUGUUGGAUAUACUGUAUGUAAAUGUUUUAAGUUGUUUGGUUUGGUUUAUGUUACAUAAAACUUGAUUAGGUUCAGUGUCUUUUCUAAUGGCUGUAUCAUUCACCACCUGUUGUUGCUGCUGUUAAAUAAAGAAUUUAUAAAAGUAA